AUGUAUACUGGACUUUUCGCUAUUUCUUAUAGAUCUAUUUUUUUCGUCGACGCCAUGCCUCCAUACACGGAGGUGCUUACAGCAUGGAUCAGAAGGCACAGUGCUACAAUCAAACACAUUCCAUCAGAAAAUGUACAUUCGCUCCUUAGUGAUAUGCAUCUGUGCCCAACUCAGGCCCCAGUUGGUGCGAUGCUUGAGUGCGCUAAAGAGGUAGGAGAGAGGGGUAACCACCUCAACUAUGGGGGCAUUUAUACAAAAGAAUUGUUUUCUCAACCCAAACGAUCCCGUGGGAAUUCACGGCAUAUAAGUAAAAACUUUGACAGAAAUGGUCAAGAAAAAAAGAGGAGGUCAAGGAAAAUGUACAAGCGGAAUGUUGGGCGUGAUGUUUUCCUGGGUGGCUCCUGUAACCCAACAACCUGGCGUAAAGAUGAAGCAAUCCCCCUCUUAGAAUCCCUUGGGAUCUCAUACUUCAAUCCUCAAGUCAGUGAAUGGACAGCCGAUUUAGUUGCUAUUGAACAUAAUGCCAAGGAAUCAGCUUCUGUAUUAUUCUACGUAUUAGACCGACGCACUCGAAAUGUCGUUGGAAUAAUUGAAGCAGCCAAUUUUGCCGGAACUCAAAGGAACCUUGUUCUUGUCACUGAUCCCUAUAAAGAGGGUGAGCCAGUUGCUGGAGAAAACAUUUCACAUGUAGAAUAUGAGGAACUGUGUAGCGGCUUGUCUACUUUACAUGAUUUAGUUGCAAGCCAAGGCAUAAUAGUUCAUAGCAAUAUCGCAGAUGGAAUUAAAUGGGCUGCUAAGAUCUUGGGAAAUCAUACAAAGUCUCGGAAUAAAGAAUCCUUUAAAGAAUCAUUAAAAUUUUUAAAUGGCACAAAACAUGAGGAAGUUCUGAGGAAAAAUAAAGAAAUCAUGAACAACUCAGAAAAAACUGAUGUUCAUUUCCCUUAUUAUCUAUCAACAAAUAAAACAUUAACAGAUCUGAAUGGACUUCCUGCAAAAGCUGAUCCCAAUGAUGGCAUUAAAAUCAACUUUCAGCAACUUAAAUUGAUGAUGCGAGGACAGAAUGCAACUUCAGAUAUCAAUCGGAUGUACUGCAAUAGUUCCCUUAAUGGCACCUCUUGUCGAUAUGAUAUUUAUAUUGGUGGUUCAUGUUUUGAUUACGAAUGGAAAGAAACCUUUGCUCUUCCUAUCCUCAGGCAAAGCCGUUUGAAAUACACUUUUGCCGAGCGUGGUUCUCUGAAGAGCAGUCGUGCAAAUCAGCAUGAAAUAAAGUCAAUGGAGGACAGCAAAGUUUUACUCUUUAUCAUCACAUCGAGAACAAGGGGCUUGGAAACAAUGGUGCUGGCUUCUUACUAUAUCGGCUGUGGUAAGAAUGUGGUACUUUGUAUACAGAAUCUUACGGAAAAUUCAGUAAUCGAAAAUGAAACGCUGUCAAAGGUUGCUGUAAAUGACUAUAACAGGGGUCGGGUUUAUUUAAGAGAUCUUGCAUCUCGUUCUGGUGUUCCAGUCUACGAGAACGUCGCCGAUGCCGUCCAAGCAGCAGUAGCGAAAUGUAACAAUUCAUUUAAUGCCUUCAGGUAG